AUGUCUGAAAAUAUUGAAAAUGUUCGUCCAAAAAUUCUCCAAAUUCCAAGUGGUUCAGGAGAACUCGAUCGUAUACAAGGAAUUAUUAAUACUCUAAGUGCUAAUAAUAAAAAACUACAAGAAGAAAUAGAAUUUUUAAAAUCGAACAAUCCUCUGUUAGAACAAGAAAAUCAAGACCUAAAAAACGCAAAUGACAAUUUAAAAAACGAAAACAAUAAUUUAAAAACAUCAAACGAGGGAAUAAAAAAAGAAAAUAAAGAAUUAAAAAACCAAAUUAAACCGCUUACUGACAAAAUCUACGAUUUGGAAGAAGAAAAUAAAAAAAUUAAAGCUGAAAAUGAGGAAAAUACCAAAGAAAAUUUGCAAUAUGAAGAAACUUUAAGAACCCUUAACUCAAUCAUUAAUACUACUAUAAGUUUGUUUAACGUAAAAUUUAACAUUAAUGAUCUGAUUGAAAAAAGAAUGAAACAAAUUAUGAAUUUAGUAAAAGCGAUAACAAAUAUUUCUGAAUAA